AUGGUCAAGAUUCUCGGUUUAGUUGGCUCGGCUUUGGCUGUUCCAAGUUUCAAGAGCCCACGAUACGACACCAAUGCUCCCAGAAUUAUUGGAGGCUCCGAGGCUGCUGAAGGUCAGUUCCCCUGGCAAAUCUCCCAGCGACGAAUCCAACUCGGCCAGCCUGGCUCUCACAUGUGCGGUGGUUCAAUCGGUGGCUCCAAAUACAUCAUCUCCGCAGCUCACUGCGUUCUUGACGCCACCCGAGUCAUCGUUGCCUAUGGUACCAACGACUGGCGAAGCAACGAUAACCUCGCCGAGGUAGAGGUUUUCCGAGGACACCCCAACUAUGAUGCCCGAGCCAUCGAUUACGAUUACUCCUACAUGAUCCUCAAGGAGGCUCUUUCUUUCAGUGAGACUGUUCAGCCAAUCCAGCUUGUUCCCGCUAACUCUGCUUCGCAAAACAACAAUCUGCUCUACGGAGAAACUGCUACUACUUCUGGAUGGGGCUAUUCUGCCCACGAUUCCAACGGCGAUCCAAUCAACAUUCCCAACCGAAUGCAAUUUGUCGAGCUUCCACUUAACAGCUGGGAUACCUGCGUCGGAUUCUGGGGCGACCCAACCAUCAACCCUAUCCUCGGCAAAUACACCCCACGAAUGCAGUGCUGCGGCGGUCAGGGCUCUACUAGCUGCAUGGGUGAUUCUGGUGGACCCUUGGUCGUCAAGGAUCCAGAGAGCGGUGACAACCUUCUUCUCGGUGCUGUUUCAUGGGGAAGCGGCAAAUGCGACGUCAAUAUUGCGGGAGUCUACACCAACAUCGCUUUCCCAGAAGGACGCCAGUGGUACACUGAUGAGAUCGGCCUUUAA